CGCUCCCCUCCCCGUCCCCUCCCUGAGGGCCGGCCCCGGAGGCGGCGGGCCGGGCCGGGCCGGGCCGGAGGCGCGGGAUGGCGGCGGGCGGCGGCCCGUGAGGGGGGCGGGUCGGUCCGAUGCGUCGGCGGGGCGGCGGGGCGCUGAGGCGGCGCGGCGGGCAGGAUGCACCAGAAGCUGCUGCGGAGCGCCCACUACAUCGAGCUGGGCGGGUACCAGUACUGGCCGGUGCUGGUGCCCCGCGGCAUCCGGCUCUACACCUACGAGCAGAUCCCCCUCUUCCUGAAGGACAACCCCUACAUCACCGACGGCUACCGGGCCUACCUGCCCUCCCGCCUCUGCCUCAAGAGCCUCUUCAUCCUCUCCAACGAGACCGUCAACAUCUGGAGCCACCUGCUCGGCUUCGUCCUCUUCUUCACCCUGGGCAUCUACGACCUGACGGCCGUCCUGCCGGCCGCCGGCGCCUCCCGGGAGGACUUUGUCAUUUGCUCCGUCUGCCUCUUCUGCUUCCAGGUCUGUAUGCUCUGCUCAGUAGGAUACCACCUCUUCUGUUGCCACCGCUCAGAGAAGACCAGCCGACGAUGGAUGGCAUUAGAUUAUGCGGGAAUUUCCAUUGGUAUCCUGGGCUGCUAUGUGUCAGGCGUGUUCUAUGCAUUUUAUUGUAACAACUACUGGCGUCAGGUAUAUUUAAUCACUGUGCUGGCAAUGAUCUUGGCAGUAUUUUUUGCUCAGAUUCAUCCCAGUUACCUCACGCAACAGUGGCACAGACUGCGCUCCAUCAUCUUUUGCUCAGUGUCUGGAUACGGAAUUAUUCCCACCAUCCACUGGGUUUGGCUCAACGGCGGCAUCGGCGCAUCUAUUGUACAGGAGUUUGCUCCGCGUGUAGUUGUCAUGUACUUCAUCGCUGCUGUAGCUUUUCUCUUCUAUAUUUCCAAAGUUCCCGAAAGAUACUUCCCAGGACAGUUGAACUACCUCGGCUCGAGUCACCAAGUAUGGCACAUCCUUGCCGUGGUGAUGCUGUACUGGUGGCAUCAAUCCACCGUGUACAUCAUGCAAUACCGACACAGCAAGCCCUGUCCUGAGUAUAGCGGAGACCUGUGAGCGAAGAGGCGAUGAGAUGUCUGACUUUGCGGGUCUGGACCUUACCUAACGAGCCGGGCUAUGAAGUUAAGCACUGCGGCAGUUCCUCUCCUGACUCCUGCACUGUUACCCGCUUGCUGGGACAGUGUAUUAUUAGGAGUUCUGAAGAAACCCACAGCGUUGCCCAGGACCCGACGUUCCUUUCCUGUUCUGCAAUCAAGUACCAAACAGGUCUUCCUGGAGCGGGGCGAUGGAAAGGUGGGCCGUAAAACUCAGCAUUCGGAUCACAGCAGUAUUUCUUUUGCUUGAUAAACACAAACAACAGAACUAAUGACCCUUGCUGAGCGAACAGGCCCAUGUACCAGGUUUUCAGGUUUUGUUCAAGUGCGUAAUUGAGAAACGGCUCCUGUCAGCGUGCUUGUAAAACCAUGGUAACUGUAGGACCCGGUCUUGGAUCUCAACCACAGUGGGACGGUGCGUUGCAUCCUUCAGAGUCUUCUUCUGAAUGAUGUUUUUAUGCUUCAGCAUCGGUACGGUAACAUAUAAAAUUGAAUUCAGUGGACUCUUGUACUUUUCUGGACAAGCUCUUUUCCUUUUGCUGGAAGAGAAGAUCACGUGUCAUCCGCCAUAGGUACAUCUUCAUUUCAGAGCUUAACGUUGCCUCCCCCGUUAUGGGUAGUGCCAUUACUUCAGGAAACUUCUCUAGAUCCCUUCAGCAAUUUGGAAUUAGUAUUCGAAAGUAUUUCAGGAGUAGCACUAAGCCUGUCUGUUCACGUUUCUUACUAUCUUGCAAUCAGUGGAGUUGCUAAGAAUUAUUUUUUUUAAGUUACUCUUGUUUAACAGGAUGAAAUAACACACCCCGAGUAGCAAACCUGCUGGGGAUUCAAAUCUCUGAACUUUGGCCUUUUAACAUGUGACGUAUUGUACUGUACUUGCAGACUUUGUUACUGAAAAUGACUUCUUGCCAUAAGCUUGCCGCAGGAAGAAGGGCUGCCUUGGGUUUUAGAAUCUGCCACGAAACCAUCUCUUCCAAACCCAGCAGUGGGGAGGCGUGAAACACGCAGGUUAUGAGAUAGCUGUAGCUCAGCAUGAUUAAGUUCAGUGGGUUUUUCAAAAAGGGUUGGAAUAAUUUGGAUUUCUGGGUUAGGAUCAACAUUUUGAAGUAGCUUCUGUACAGCAACUGUGGCUGCGUUUAGAGUUCAGUUGAGCAGCGGCAGCAAACACUGCUGCUUCGCACGACCCAGUGUUAGUCAGCAUUACCCGUGUGGAGAUGGACAUUUGGAUUAGCCAUUUGGACUCCGCUUGCCCAAAGAUGCUGUUAAGACUUAACCCCAAGCGGUUAAAGCUUGGGACCAGAGCUGCUGAAGGAUGCGAUUGCAUCGGCACAGCUAGCGUUAGAAAGCAGAGAGAGUUCCUGCUGCGACUACAGGCAGAAACGUUCUGGUCCGAGAUUAUAAACCAUCCGAGCUGACCUGGCCACGGCUUCCCACGUUACCUGCCGCGUGGCUUUCGAUCAGGUCCCGGCGGCUUCUCUCCCAUUUUGUGAUGGUCUGAGGACAGCCCGCUUAACACGCACUCCUACAGGGGCCUCGAAGAUUCCAAACCAGUCAUCUUGCACCCAAGGCCAAGGAAGAGCUGGCACUGCAGCGCCGUGGGCGGGGAAGCCUUAGCCGGCCAUGUGAAAAGCCGCCUGAUGCACGAGAAGCCCUUAGUGAACUGCCGGCCUCGUCAGCGCUAUGCUGCGUCCCCUUUUCUCUCGGAGAGGGUUUUCCCUUGGUGGGAUUUAGCUCGCUGGGAGGGGGAGCGGCUGCCUUUCGGCAGUGCCUUGCUGGGGGCAGGCAGGCUGCUGGCAGGUCCCCCCAGCGCUGUCUCUUCCCCGGGCUCCCUCGGCCUCUCUCGGCAGGGCCGUGCCCAGGAGAUGCGCAAUAGCGAUGGAAACGUGCUGUCGGGCGCCUCAACGCUCAGCGCGGGUGGAGAAGGCAGGACACAAACCUCUCUACGGGCACGCUGGAGAGUAAUGCCAACUGGCUCUCUAGUUCACUGGGUAGGUUUUGGUUUUUUUGUUCAAAUCCACAAACAAGUAGUGGCAAGAACUGACGUAGCAUUUAAUAUUCAGCUCCCAGACCUUUGAGCCUUUCAGUGUAAACACUGAUUUUUUUGAUGACUUUUUUCUUUUUUUUUAAACUUGACAGCCAAGCAAGUUUCAAGUGCACUAAUUGCUACUACUGAAGCCUGACAAGGAACCUGCAAGUAGAAAAGCUUGUUUCCAGUGUUAUGUGAACAAUAAUAUUUGAAGAAUGUGUUGUGAAAGCAUACUGAUUGAUAGUUUGCUAAUGUAUUUUUUUUAUGUAAACUCUAACUACCAUAGCAGUUUUCACUGGAUAAGGAAACUGCAAAGCUGUACAUUUUUAUUACCCUGACAAAAUUUAUGAAGCUGCAUGAUGGUCUUCUGUGUACAUACCGAACCUGUAAAUAAAUUUCAGUUCGUUGGAUGGUUA